CUCAGCAUCUUCAGCCCCGGCAACAGCCUCCGCAGUUGCUGGAGCGGCCGCGCCCGCGGCAGGGAAGAAGCAGCAGUUGGGGAGGCUCCAAGUUGGCGGAGCGGCGGGGACUCCUGGAUUCUUCAGCGCCCUGCCCCGGGACGGGCUGAGAGACGAGCAGGGAAGGGCCCGCCUCCCGGCCCCGAGCCCCGAGCCUGUGGCAGCACCAUGCACGCCGAGUCGGCGUGACCGGCUCCGCCCGCAGCUUCCCCGCUCCCUGCGCCUGCCGGGCGACCUGCAGCCCAGCCCGACACUCUCGCUGGCCACACCGAACGGCGCCCGGGAGCUAUGAGCCAUGAAGCCGCCAGGCAGCAGUUCCCGGCGGUCGCCUCUGGCGGGCGGCAGCCUCCGCGGCACCUCCUGCAUCCCCUGCGGCGGCCCCGCCGGCCUGGCGCCUACCUGCGUCCUGGUCCGCGCGCCGCCUUGCCGCAUGCUCCUCAUGCUUCUCCUGCUGCCUCCUUUCGCCUCCUCGUCCCGGCCCCGCGCUUGGGGGACAGCUGCAGCCAGCGCUCCGCAUUGGAAUGAAACUGCAGAAAAAAAUUUGGGAAUCCUGGCAGAUGAAGACAGAACAUUGCAACAGAAUAGCAGCAGUAAUAUCAGUUAUAGCAAUGCAAUGCAGAAAGAAAUUACACUGCCUUCAAGACUCAUAUAUUACAUUAACCAAGACUCGGAAAGCCCCUACCAUGUUCUAGACACAAAGGCAAGACACCAGCAAAAACAUAACAAGGCUGUCCAUCUGGCCCAGGCAAGCUUCCAGAUUGAAGCCUUUGGCUCCAAAUUCAUUCUUGACCUCACAUUGAACAAUGGUUUGCUGUCGUCUGAUUAUGUGGAGAUUCACUAUGAAAAUGGAAAACCGCAGUACUCUAAGGGUGGAGAGCACUGUUACUACCACGGAAGCAUCAGAGGCGUCAAGGACUCCAGGGCAGCUCUGUCCACCUGCAACGGACUUCAUGGUAUGUUUGAAGAUAAUACCUUUGCGUAUAUGAUAGAACCACUGGAGCUGAUUCAUGAUGAGAAAAGCACAGGUCGACCACAUAUAAUCCAGAAAACCAUGGCAGGACAGUAUUCUAAGCAAAUGAAGAAUCUCAGUAUGGAAAGCAGUGAUCAGUGGCCCUUUAUGUCUGAAUUACAGUGGUUGAAAAGGAGAAGGAAGAGAGCAGUGAAUCCAUCUCGUGGUGUGUUUGAAGAAAUGAAAUAUUUAGAACUUAUAAUUGUUAAUGAUCACAAAACGUUUAAGAAGCAUCGUUCUUCUCAUGCACAUACCAACAACUUUGCCAAGUCUGUGGUCAACCUUGUAGAUUCUAUUUACAAGGAGCAGCUCAAUACCAGGGUGGUCCUGGUGGCUGUGGAGACCUGGACUGAGAAGGAUCAUAUUGAUAUCACCACCAACCCCGUGCAGAUGCUCCAUGAAUUCUCCAAAUACCGGCAGCGCAUCAAGCAGCAUGCUGAUGCUGUGCACCUCAUCUCGCGUGUGACAUUUCACUAUAAGAGAAGCAGUCUGAGCUACUUUGGAGGUGUCUGUUCUCGCACGAGAGGAGUUGGUGUGAAUGAGUAUGGUCUUCCAAUGGCAGUGGCACAAGUACUGUCGCAGAGCCUGGCUCAAAACCUUGGAAUCCAAUGGGAACCUUCUAGCAGAAAGCCAAAAUGUGACUGCACAGAAUCCUGGGGUGGCUGCAUCAUGGAGGAAACAGGGGUUUCCCAUUCCCGAAAGUUCUCAAAAUGCAGCAUUUUGGAGUACAGAGACUUUUUACAGAGAGGGGGUGGAGCCUGUCUUUUCAACAGGCCAACAAAGCUGUUUGAGCCCACUGAAUGUGGAAAUGGAUAUGUAGAAGCUGGAGAGGAAUGUGAUUGUGGUUUCCAUGUGGAGUGCUACGGAUUGUGCUGUAAGAAAUGCUCGCUCUCCAAUGGGGCACACUGCAGCGAUGGACCCUGCUGUAACAAUACCUCAUGUCUGUUUCAGCCACGAGGCUAUGAAUGUCGGGAUGCUGUGAAUAGUUGUGAUAUUACUGAAUAUUGUACUGGAGACUCUGGUCAGUGCCCACCAAAUCUUCAUAAGCAAGAUGGAUAUUCAUGCAAUCAAAAUCAGGGCCGCUGCUACAAUGGGGAGUGCAAGACCCGGGACAACCAGUGUCAGUACAUCUGGGGAGCAAAGGCUGCAGGGUCUGACAAGUUCUGUUAUGAAAAACUGAAUACAGAAGGCACAGAGAAGGGAAAUUGUGGGAAGGAUGGAGACCGAUGGAUCCAGUGCAGCAAACAUGAUGUGUUCUGUGGAUUUUUACUCUGUACCAACCUUACUCGAGCUCCACGUAUUGGUCAACUUCAGGGUGAGAUCAUUCCAACUUCCUUUUACCAUCAAGGCCGGGUGAUUGACUGCAGUGGUGCUCAUGUGGUUUUGGAUGAUGAUACAGACAUGGGCUAUGUAGAAGAUGGAACACCAUGUGGCCCAUCUAUGAUGUGUUUAGAUCGGAAGUGCCUACAGAUUCAAGCCCUAAAUAUGAGCAGCUGCCCACUCGAUUCCAAGGGCAAAGUCUGUUCAGGCCAUGGGGUGUGUAGUAAUGAAGCCACCUGCAUCUGUGAUUUCACAUGGGCGGGGACCGACUGCAGUAUCCGAGACCCAGUUAGAAACCUUCAUCCGCCCAAGGAUGAAGGACCCAAGGGUCCUAGUGCCACCAAUCUCAUAAUAGGCUCCAUCGCUGGUGCCAUCCUGGUAGCGGCUAUUGUCCUUGGGGGCACAGGAUGGGGAUUUAAAAAUGUCAAGAAGAGGAGGUUCGAUCCUACUCAACAAGGCCCCAUCUGAAUCAGCUGCACUGGAUGAACUUGGCCUUGACUGUUGGAUUCUGGGUCUGACAUACUUGCAUCAGCGAGGUCGGAACUAUUAAGUCUGUAAACAAGAAUAUUGGGUGGUAGUGACUAUAGAACUAAAGUUGGGGUGACAGGAAUGGGGUAAGAGAAUACUGACCUUUAUGAAGAUAAUUUCAAAGAACUCCACACAUCACAUGUCUAUAAAAAGGGGGCAAAAGACCAUGUUAUAAAACAAAUGUUUCAGAAUCUUUUUCUCCUAACUAAAGGAAGAAGGAACAACAACAAAAAAAUUAAGUGCAAUAAAAAGAACCAUUAAAAAAUAGCAAAUGAUUAUUUUUCCCUCAGCCUGCUGGCACUUAAUAUCUUCUAAAUGAUUUGGCAUGAUUUUUUUUUUCUUUUCUACCAAUGACAAACUCCACUGGCAUGAAGAUCUAAUUUUUGAAAGGGUAAAAACUGCAUGGCAUAUAUACAACAACAAGCUAGCAAGCCAAUCCUCAGCAAAACCUGCAACUGAAUUCCUGAAAUGAAGAUGACAGAUGAACACACAGAAGCUGGCCUGGGCCUCUUCACUAAGCUCCCUGCCCCUCUACUCCUGAAGGCCAUGGCAGAACUUCAGGGGGUCCCACUCUUGUUGAUUCACUUUCUCCAUUGUUUUUCCCCUGGACUGAGCAUCUGUUGGAAAUGGGAGCUGGAAUUUGAACAAUGAUGCUAUUGUAUAGUUCUUUUAUAAAUGUAAAUAUGGAAAUAAGAGAUUUUGACAUCAUUUUCACUUGUCUGUGCUGAAAUAUUUUCUUGUAAAAGUUCUCUGUAAGUUUGAAUUUAUCCUUUGCUCCUCAACUUUUCUAUUUCUUUUCUCAUGCUUUCUUUCUUGCUUUCUCUUUCUUACUUUCUCCUCCCUCCCUCCCUCCCUAUCUCCUUCCUUCCUUCCUUUCUUCCUUUCUUCCCUCCUUCCUUCUUUGUCUCUGUCCUUCUGUCUUGUAACAUAUUGUUCAGUGAUUGUUGGGCUUGCUUAUAAAGAGAUGUAGCCACAGAUAGAGGUAGCUUGGGCAUGAAUCAGGUGCAAUUUAAAGUCAUUAUGCUUGAAACCAAAAACAAACAAAAGAGGGGGGACACAAACAACAAAAUACCCAUAUUAAAAACACUCUACGAUUAUGUAAAUGCAAAUAUAUGUUCUGACAAGUCUCUAAAAUUUUUUGAUGUCAUUAUAAACGUAUGUAUAUAAUGUAAGAAAGUAGACACCCUUUCAAAGUAAUCACAAAAGUGCCAAGUUCAUUAUUUUAGUUUUUGUUUUUGACAGUUUUCUUUCCCUGUCUUUAAUGUGAAAGGAGGAUAAACUUAAAGCCUUAAAAAAAAUAAUAAUUUUUAAAUGUUGAAAGCUUGGAAAAAGUUAAGCUUUCCAUUUUAUUCAUGUUGUCAAUAUUUCAUUCAUGCUUCAACUUCUUGCCUCAAAAUAUAUAUGGUAGAACUCCACUGUAAAAUUGCUAAUGGGGAGAGAAGGAGCAGUUAUCUUCUUGUCAACAUUGUUACAACAUACUUUAAUUCUGUGUGUUGUGUUUUCAAGAAAUAGUUUGACCCAUAGUAUUCUCUGAUCCAUGGAAUGUUGUACUGGAUUAUGAUGGGAUUCUACUAUAUACAAGUUCAUGUUCUUUUCCUUCCAGACAUUUGCAGGUGUAAUCUGGAUUCCCAAGUCCCUCUGAGUUUACUUCAUUUUCACUUGAUUUCUUCUUCCUUUUAUGGUCAAGAUAGCUUCCAUGCAAGUGAGUAAGUUAAUAAAGAAAUUUGGUCCCAACUUUGUUUUAGAACAUAAAACUUGUACCUGAUCACAUCAGUGAGCAUCCAUCUCAAGACAAGCUUUACUCAAGCCCCGCAAGGAGCCCACCCUUCUGUAAUGCCUUCUUAUCUUUAAGAAUGGGACAUGCAGUUGUCUAUUCACUUCCGCGUGACUCUGAAUCAGUUGCUAGCUUUAGCUCGAAGUCCCUUUUCAGCAAGAUUCAUGGCACUAGUCUUACAACUUUAACUUUGGAAAGGAAUAUCUCCUAAAAAUAUACUGCUUAAACAGUGGGAUUUUAUUUCCCAAAGUUAUCUUUAAUUGUGGAACUAUCACACUCAUAGAGCAGAAACCUUCAUUUCUAUAUGCUACAGUAGGCCAUACCUAACAUCCUAAUCUUAUUAUUUUCUGAGUAAUAGGUGCUACACAAGUAUGUCGUCUUUCUCUAGAAAUAGCUAUAUGUUCAUACUGUAAUUACAGGGCUAUCUACAGGUUUAUUGGCCUUGCCCCUGGCUUCAUAAGAUGCGGGUUUUAUCCCCCUGCAUAGUUAUGGUUAUGGUUCUUUCAACUUGGAGGAAACUCAGAUUACUUAGCUUCUGUGCGUUUUACUGCAUUGCUUAGUAUCUCCCUGUUACUGGAUCCUAUUCGCUAGUAGACACUAAGCUGCUGCUAAGUACACCAGACUAACUUCACCACUCUUCCAGAGACACCAUGGUGACUUAACAGGAAAAAAAAAACCAUGGUGGUUACAAAACAAGUUAAAUCUCUAUUGGUAGCUUUUGAGCAUUUCACAUACAACAUUGUAAAUGUGCGAUGUUAUAUUUUAAAUCAGACCACAGUGGUCCCCAAAUAUUAUGUAAAUAUGGCAAAUGUCAGUGUAACUUUUCGUUACACUGGCAGUUUCAUAGGUAACCAAACCUAUGCUCCAAUGUUAAAUUGUUUGUAUAUGUAAAGUACACAAGCUUUAAGCUAUAUGUGUAUGAAUAUGAAAGAUAAUGCAAUCAUACAAUUCGUAAACAAUGGAUUAUAAUUACUUUGGGUGGCAUUAGGUUAUGUGAUUUCCAACUCUUUGCUGUAUUUUUUCUUGCACAUGCCAUUCAUUUGCUGAGUUUUGUGGUUUGUGGUAUGAAUACUCCUUUUUAUUAAUUUGAGCUCAAAGCACUAGCAUAUCACCAUUUAAUGUUACCCAACAAGGUGUUAAGUGAUGACAGGUUCCCAUUUCACCUGAUAUACUUUUGCUGCGUUAAGUAAUAACACCUGGAUGAGGGGAUGUGGGCUAAUUUCACUGCUCAUGCCAGACACUCCAUGAGCCCACUGAAUUAGAGCCAUUCCUACUAGAUAAAUGAGCAGUACACAUAGGUGCAUGUUAUGAAACAUGACUCACAUAGAGCUGUGGAGUUUUACCAAAUGAUGUGUGGGUGUUUGGGUGUUUGGGUUUUUUUGUUUGUUUUUUUACUAUGCAAAGAUGGGGAUUGCACAAACUUUUCAAAGACUAGUGUCUGAAGAACUUUACAAACAAUACUUGAACAUUUCCUUUAAAAGCAUCCCAUCAUUAUAGUCACCGUUGCUUCCAUUGUUAAUUUUCUUUUUUAAAUGGUUUGUAAUUUUUUAGGUGCACAACCUGAAGUUUUGUUUCAAGUUAAUAAAUUCCUUCUUAUCGUGUUGGCUGCCUAUGGUUGGAGAUUUGGUAGUCACUGUAUGCAUCUUUUAGCCAAGCCUGUAUUAAAACGUUUGUUAACAUAGAAUGUUGUAGCUUUAUACUUU